CGGUCCGUCGAGGUGCCCACAGUCCACACCGCACUCUAUGACGCUAGUCUAUCAGCGCCAGGCAACUUUGUUCGGAUGAGGAAGGGGGGCUGCCUGGCUCAUUCUCAUGGGUCGGCGGCGCAUCUUCCUUUGGUGCCGCUGGAAUAUUCCUUGCCAUCCACAGCAAGCCGCCACGGUGCUGACGUCACCGGAGUAGAUCCCAGCCACCAUCAACACUACCUGUCGCGGCGCUUAGCUCUAUUGCCACGGAGCCCGGCGGCGAGGGCGCAGGAAGCAGCAAUGCGCCGGGGGCGGGGCUCGCUCCUCCCGCUGCUGCUGCUUGCGGCGGCGGCGCUUGCGGCCGCCGAGCCGGCGUCCACGCUGUCCGGGCCGGCGCGCCCGGUGACGGUGCAGCUCGGGGACAUGGGCCACGCGGUGGACCUGCCGGAUACGGACCCGCGGGUGCAGCGCCACGUCACGGGCUGGGCGCCCGAGCAGGUCGCCGUGGCGCUCUCCGCCGAGCCCACCUCCGCCUGGCUCUCCUGGAUUACAGGGGAGUUCCAGAUGGGCGGCGCCGUCAAGCCCCUGGACCCCAGCACCGUGGGCAGCGUCGUGCGCUACGGCCUCGCCGCCGACUCCCUCCUCCACGAGGCCGCCGGCGAGUCGCUCGUGUACAGCCAGCUCUACCCCUUCGAGGGCCUCCGCAACUACACCUCCGGCAUCAUCCACCACGUCCGCCUCCGAGGGCUGGAGCCCGGGACCAGGUACUACUACCAGUGCGGCGACCCGGGCAUCCCCGGCGCCAUGAGCGACGUCCGGGCGUUCCGGACGAUGCCGGCCGUCGGGCCCAAGAGCUACCCGGGGAGGAUCGCCGUGGUCGGGGACCUUGGCCUCACCUACAACACCACGUCCACGGUGGAGCACAUGGUGCGCAACCAGCCCGACCUGGUGCUCCUCCUCGGCGACGUCUGCUACGCCAACCUCUACCUCACCAACGGCACCGGAACGGACUGCUACUCGUGCACCUUCGCCAACUCCACGCCCAUCCACGAGACCUACCAGCCGCGCUGGGACUACUGGGGAAGGUUCAUGGAGCCCGUGACGUCCAGCAUUCCGAUGAUGGUGGUCGAAGGGAACCACGAGAUCGAGGAGCAGAUCCACAACAGGACGUUCGCGUCUUACAGCUCCAGGUUCGCGUUCCCGUCAGAGGAGAGCGGAUCCCUGUCCCCGUUCUACUACUCGUUCGACGUUGGUGGCAUCCACUUUGUCAUGCUCGCGGCGUACGUCGACUACAAGAAAUCAGGUGAGCAAUACCGGUGGCUGCAGAAAGACUUGGAGAAGGUGGACAGGUCGGUGACCCCGUGGCUGAUAGCCGGCUGGCACGCGCCCUGGUACACCACCUACAAGGCUCACUACAGGGAGGCCGAGUGCAUGAGGGUGGAGAUGGAGGAGCUCCUCUACUCGUACGGCGUCGACGUCGUCUUCACCGGCCAUGUGCACGCGUACGAGCGAUCGAACCGGGUGUUCAACUACACGCUGGACCCGUGCGGCCCCGUGCACAUCUCGGUGGGCGACGGCGGCAACCGGGAGAAGAUGGCGACGAGCCACGCCGACGAGGCCGGCCACUGCCCGGAGCCGGCGUCGACGCCGGACCCCUUCAUGGGCGGCUUCUGCGCCUCCAACUUCACGUCGGGCCCCGCCGCCGGGAGCUUCUGCUGGGACCGGCAGCCGGAGUACAGCGCCUACAGGGAGAGCAGCUUCGGCCACGGCAUCCUGGAGGUGAAGAACGAGACGCACGCGCUCUGGCGGUGGCACCGCAACCAGGACCUGCACGCCACCGUCGCCGACGAGGUUUACAUCGUCCGGGAGCCCCACAAGUGCCUCGUCAGCUCCACCAGACUAGCCUACUGAACUCAUUGAUUGAUUAUUUAUUACCUCGUUAUAGUUGGUUUUAUUACCAAUUUUGAUAUUCAAAGCAACACUCGGAUCAAAUUUGAGGGGCAUAUUUAGCUAUAUAUUUUGUCUUCAAAUAACCAUUUUACAGAAUUAUUCUAGGAUCACUUUUCUCUUUCUCUAUAAAAAAAUAAUUAGCAAA